AUGGCUGAGGCUGUAUACUUUCGUCUGUUCCUACCGCGCCCCGUGUGCCACGUCUUUAUUCUGUCUUUGGCUUCUUUCACCAGGGCACUCAGCCUUCCCACCACCGACUUGAGCUUCGACGACUGUCGACGCAUUCGCACUGCGGCUCAGCUCAAUCUUCCAAUGGCCUGUCAUAUCAUCGAGUACGGUAGACUGACUCGGAUGCUCUUUUCCACCGAUUUAGCCGUGGAAAGUCCAGGUGUGGAUUCUGUAGCCAAGCAAAGCCGCCUCCUCCGCAUAACCAAUAGGCUGAGGGAAAUUGCCGAGGCCACUCGCUCGUGGCACACCCAGCUUUCCACCUGCCACUGGCCUUCUCCGGCUCUGGCUAACCUGGAGCCUAUCUUUCUGCACGACGGUAGACCCGAGGAGAAAGCUGUCAGUCUCCUGCGACAGCUCACCUCCGCCCUGCCCAAGGUGCCUCCCGACUCCAGUCUCUCUCUCUUUCUCUUGUGUAUUACUGUUUUUGUUGUUCUCGUGGUCGCUCUGACUGACCUCAUCCUAACGUCUGUGGUUGAAAAAUCAAUGCAA